CAGGCAUAUAGCGUUCAGUACAAAUUGUUCGUCGACUCAAGAAUUCGAACCUCAGUCAACGCAAAAUUGGUAAGCACUCUACAAUGUAUCGAAUGUGGGCUUCCAGUGUUUAAUUAAGCAGUGCAUGAACAUUUUUUUCAGGAUGUAACUAGUAUAUAUUAUUUGGUCAUUGAAGGAUAUGUGUCUGCUGUACUUUGAGAUUUCGCACGAUUGGUUGGCUUUAAAUUGGAAAAUAUAAGCUUACCUUUCUUAAUUUUUCGGCUUAAUGCACGGAAGACAAAAUAUGCUGGCCGCGAAAAUUAUUUAAUGCAGUUCUAUAUAUUGGUGAAAUACAAUAUGAAUAUUUUGACAUGCACAUUUUAACGCUUCAAAUCUCAGCUACAUACAGAACGCGUGUUUUGGAUGCGUGGUUGAGACUCUGAAUUGGCUAAUUUUUUGAUCAAUGUAAAACCUUUUAAAAACUGUAAAGAAGACUGCCCAAAAUUAACACUCGAGAUAAUGACCCGCAUGCGCAGCUUUUGCCGAGUUUUUUCAGCUGCUUGUUUUUUACAACAUCUAAUUCAACACCUGACUAAAGAGACUAUAUAUGCGUGUAACAUUUUUCAGAGUAGAUCAUUCAAAAUAUCCCACAUAUGUGAUGAAUCGUAUAGUCGAUAAAUGCAAAUCCUUUUUUUUUAUUAUAAGCCAAUUCGGAGUUUUGCCUGCGCAUCCAAAUGAUGGGUUUUGCGUCGAGAUAGAUUGUACUUAAAUAGUCACAUGUAGCUAGUAUAGACUGGAAGAAUUAUAAAAAAUAUGCAUGUAUCAAUAAUCAAAGUAUUCAAAUGUUCAACCGUUAUUUGUGUUUCACUUAAGUCUGGUUUCCAUAUGGUCGUAACGGUCGUAAUGAUUGAGUCACACGAUCUUACUCAUCAGCCGAAAUACAACAUUUUAGAACUGAAAAUACGCGGAGUGAUUAUAACUAUAUAGAGAAUACUUAUGAUUUAUAUGUGGUUUACAGGUAUAAACUAUUACAAACUGACCAUUGAGAAAGAUCGUGAUUUUUACGACAUUACGACCACAUGCAUGGAAACCACUCAGGCUUUAUAGCCACAAUAUAGAACUGCCAUUAAAUAAUUUAUGUACCAGCAUUUAUUAUAUAGAGGGUGGGAAAGGGUAUUUUCGUGAGCCGUGAAUGGUCAACAUUUGUUCGCGUGAAAUGUGAAAUGCUUAUUUUAGUGUCGUGAAAUGUGAUUUAUUCUACAGCCGCGAGGCGUGAUUGUCGAUAAAAAUGCUCCGUGAAAUGAGAAUUAAGGAUGUCUGUUUCGUGAACUGUGAUUUUGCUUUGUUUAUUUCGAUCUAUUUUAUAAUAGUCAUAAUAGACAUGAUACGCGAUAAUCAAUUUAUAUGAUCUCAUUCGAUUGCACAAGAGUAAAAACUUCGGAGGCCUUUCGGAGGUCGUCGUACAUGCUCGUCACUCAAACUUGUAAGUUAUGAUGUAGUUUUUAACUGACAGGUAGAGAAGUGAGAGAACUUAAAGCGUAGAUACUGUACCAUGCAUUAAACAUACUCUUAAUAAACCUAUUAUUAUUAUAUUAUUUUAUUAGAAUCUAGUUUUCCGUGAAAUUGCUUUUUUAAGACACGUGAAUCGUGAAACGGCUUUUUUUCGUUGUGAAACGUGAUCCAUACCCCCCCUUUCCCACCCUCUACAUAGUAGAGAGCGAGAUACUGAAAAAUACACAGUGAUCGAUAUUUUACAUAUAUUCAUCAACCAUCCAAGUAUAUGCUGUAAUAACAACUAUAUAUGCACUUUGUUUUAAAGUAUGUCAUAUUUUAAACAGCUAAUACUUAAAGUGUAAAUUAAGACGUUUCUGCCGUAAUUUGAAAACUGUGCAUGUAAAUUCCCUGGCUACAUUGCUGUAUUUAAAUAGUUCCCCGAUUCUCAUUAGAACAUUGAGUUUGAUUUUUUCCCCAUUUUUAGCGUGAAAAUACAUUUGGAUUUGCCUUGGUAAUAUCGCAAUGGCAUCGUCAUCUCGAGUGUUUAUUCUUGCAUUUGUACUGUGCGCAACAACCGCGCACAGCAGUGGGCACUCCUCACCGUCCAAGGGCAGAAAGCAUACCAAGCUAUGGUACUCGUUCACUGCAUCGUUUGGGAAAAUGUCCGGAAAUACGACAAUCUUGCAGAAAGACAUCGACAAUUUUAUCCGAAACAAAGUGAUGCCACAAAUCGACGCUUUUAAGUUGGUCGAGACCGAGGGAGUGUGGAAAGGUCAAACGGAAGAUUCCUUCGAUAUUUUUGUCCUCAGCGACAACUUUUCGGAAAUGAUGAAAAAAAUGCAAGACAUUUGUCUUCUGUACAAAACAAAGUUUGCCCAAGACUCGGUCUUGCUCUUUUAUGAGAGAGCGAAAGUAUUUUUCCUCUAAAAACAUUAUGUAUGUUCUUCAACUAUGAAAUUAAAUCUUAUGUAAA